GUCAGACAGGCAUUUAAAUCUGCUGCAGUAGCGAAGCCGGGGAAGCCAGUGACCGCACAACAUUCUACGCAGCAGUAGGAAUAGUGCUUUAUUAUAGCUAUUUUGUUGUUUCUUCAUUUGCCUCGAGAAAGGUCUAUUAAUUUAGGACAGUAUUUUGAAGCUUCAACCGCUUCAGUAUUCAAAUGUAAGACGAAAUCACAAUUUGACAGCUAAGCUUGAUACUUGCAUCAUUUUUGGAAUUCCUCUACAGCCUGAAUGAAAAUCGUGCAUUAUAGCUGUGAUAUGAAAAUAUGCAUGUAGAAAUGAUUUACCAUCGCUAGUAUGUGUCUAGUUAAUUAGCUGGCUUAUAGUCGUCUGAAUGCAUCCGUGUCUCGUGUUUGGCUUGUAAGGACUUGAGGAACGAACGCUUCCAUUGAAGGAUGUGUCUGCAUAUAGUUUGAUUGAAAGGAAAAACAAACCAUCUACUAAAUCAAUGACAAAGAGAUCCUCCGAAUUAUUUGAAUAGAAGACUAGAAUAGAAAUAGAAAAAUAGAGAUCUCUAUAGAGUAUAAGGUUGUCCAUUAUCGAAUUGCAUCAUGUUCAGCUGGUUGGGUACCGAUGACAGGAGGAAGAAGGAUCCUGAGGUCUUUCAGACAGUCAGCGAUGGCCUGAAGAAGCUCUACAAAACCAAAUUGUUGCCAUUGGAGGAACACUACAAAUUCCACGAGUUCCACUCGCCCGCCUUAGAGGAUGCCGACUUUGACAACAAACCCAUGGUUCUCCUUGUGGGGCAGUAUUCCACUGGAAAGACCAGCUUCAUACGAUACCUGUUGGAGCAGGACUUCCCUGGAAUGCGGAUCGGGCCAGAACCCACCACAGACUCCUUCAUUGCAGUGAUGCAUGGAGACACGGAGGGGCUGAUCCCUGGCAAUGCCCUGGUGGUCGACCCCAAGAAACCCUUCAGGAAGCUCAACGCCUUCGGAAACGCAUUUCUCAACAGGUUUGUGUGUGCCCAGCUGCCCAACCCUGUUCUGGAGAGCAUCAGUGUGAUUGAUACUCCUGGUAUCCUGUCUGGAGAGAAGCAGCGGAUCAGCAGAGGCUACGACUUCGCCGCCGUGCUGGAGUGGUUUGCAGAGCGCGUGGACCGAAUCAUCCUCCUCUUCGACGCCCACAAGCUGGACAUAUCAGACGAGUUCUCGGAGGUCAUCAAGGCCCUGAAGAAUCACGAAGACAAGAUCCGGGUGGUUCUAAACAAGGCAGACCAGAUUGAGACGCAGCAGCUGAUGAGGGUCUACGGCGCACUCAUGUGGUCGCUGGGGAAGAUCGUCAACACACCCGAGGUGAUCCGUGUCUAUAUAGGGUCAUUCUGGUCGCACCCGCUGCUCAUCCCCGACAACCGUAAGCUGUUUGAGGCGGAGGAGCAGGACCUGUUCAAGGACAUCCAGUCACUGCCCCGCAAUGCUGCCCUCAGGAAGCUCAAUGACCUCAUCAAGAGGGCACGCCUCGCCAAGGUCCAUGCCUAUAUCAUCAGCUCUCUGAAAAAGGAGAUGCCCAGUGUGUUUGGGAAAGAGGGCAAGAAGAAGGAGCUGAUUAACAGUCUGGGAGAGAUCUACAGCCGCAUUGAGAGAGAACACCAGAUCUCCCCUGGAGACUUCCCCAACCUCAAGAAGAUGCAGGAGCAACUUAAUGCCCACGACCUGAACAAGUUCCAGCCCCUGAAGAUAAAGCUGCUGGACACGGUGGACGACAUGCUGGCCCACGACAUCGCCGGUCUCAUGGUGCUGGUCAGACAGGAGGAGACCAACCGACCCCAGCAGGUGGUGAAGGGAGGGGCCUUCGACGGCACCCUCAACGGGCCCUUCGGCCACGGCUAUGGCGAGGGCGCCGGGGAGGGUAUCGAUGAGGCAGAGUGGGUGGUGGCCCGCGACAAGCCCAUGUACGAUGAGAUCUUCUACACGCUGUCGCCAGUCAACGGGAAGGUGACUGGUGCCAACGCCAAGAAAGAGAUGGUGAAGUCCAAGCUUCCCAACACGGUGCUGGGGAAGAUCUGGAAGCUGGCUGACAUCGAUAAGGAUGGGAUGCUGGAUGACGAGGAGUUUGCCCUGGCCAAUCACCUGAUCAAAGUCAAACUGGAGGGGCACGAGCUACCCGCCGACCUCCCCGGUCAUCUCAUCCCCCCCUCCAAGAGGAAAAUCACUGCUGAGUAGACCCCCCCUGCACGCUCACCUCCUCAGGGCGUUGAACAAGAGAGGGAGUGAGUAAGAGGGAAGAAGAGAGGGAGUGGGUAAGAGGAAGGACAGUGAAGGAUCUAUGGGGGGUGUGGGGGUAAAUUUAUCAAGGUUGGACAACCACGCUUCACCAAGAAACAAAGAAAAGCAGAAACUUUGUGUUUAUGCUUAGUGGGAGCAAAGGGAUUGGUUUGCUCUUCUGGGAGAUGUCUGAUUUUUUUUUUUUUUUUUUUAUUGAACUGGGCUGAAGGGGGUAAAGGUCCUGGUUUAAAGUACAGAGUCGAGGGAACUGAUAUUGGACUCUGCACCACCCACAUGCCCUAUUGUUAUACACCACUGAGAGUGCUAUCUGUGACACAAUAACCUGCAUUAUCAUUGGAUACAUGAACACUGUCAGUUUCUCUCCAGCAUAAAUGAUUUGUUUUUCAUUUGUAUUUUAUUUGAGCCUGUUUUGUAGUCUGCUUCAUAUCUCCCCAGAAAAUGGGCAUGUUUCAAAAGGAUAAACUAAUAUCAAUACUAAAUCUUAAUAAUCCUUCUAGUUAUCACUUUAAAACACAAUAACGCUCAAAUGUAGUGACAGGAAUCCUUUUUAUAAGUAGGUAGUGUAGGCAUAUGAUAUUUUCUUCUUGUGAACAGGCAGCAUCCUAACACAUGCUGGCCCUUCAUAGCCUGACCAAGAGACUGUUACAACUGUAUAGCUUGGAUAUCGGAAAUCUAAGAGUUGGUAGACCUUUAAAUGUAUAGUGUUUGAAAUUGCCUUCUAGUAAGUAACUAGUAUCCUUGUCAAACGUCUGUAUGUUUAAUACCUAUUUAAUCUAUUAUUUAGCAUACUUAUGUAAUUCUAAUCACUGUUGAGAGAAAGAGACUUCAAUCUUUCCAUAGAUAUAAGGAGGUGAACUGACAAUGGAGAUGAUGUUUAUGUCCUGUUCUGGCGUUUCCAAUUGGACAUAGUACAGUAUAUAUAGAAAUAUUCCCUUGUUCAUCUACUCAUUGGAUGCAUAACCCAUUAAAAAGCAAAGGUUUCAAAUCACUACUCGAGUCCAAUUAUCUUCGAUUGCUUCCCUCGAUAAAUAGCACAAAAAAAAAUACUAUAGUUAUAGUCUUGCUAUACUCUGACGUUCAAUAUUCUAUCGGCAUACAGUGUAUAUCUAUCAUAGAGACUGUUCUAUGCUCUAUAUUCUAUGAUAUCCAGUGUUGUAGUUGAGACCACUUCUGGAUAUUAUCCACCAUAAAUAUUAUGAAGUCAUAAUCCAAAUACCCUGUGUUCUUGUACCUGAUUAUUCAGAAACUGAAAGGUGGAAUAGGUCAGAAAUAUAUGAGAAUUGUAUGUAGAAAAGGUUCAGGGCAGGUUUAAUUUUGUAGCUAUAGUAAUACAGUGACAGUUAUUAUUGGGAUCAUAGUGAGGGAACACUCAUCUGAAAGUAGUUCCUAGGGGAAAUUGAAAUGUUGAUAGACUAUACUGCACAGUAUCUAAGGGAGUUUACUCCACUCACACUGUACACAAGUGGUAGGUUUCUUUCCCUGACUGAUAUGACUGAUACUUGCUCUACUUCUCUUCUGCUGUGUAUUCAUCUGUUGCUGCUGAUAGUACGCUAAGUAUCCUGUCGUCAUCAAACUGAGUCGAUCUUGCAACUAAUAAAGGUGACAGAGCCAAGCA